GGUCGGCCCAGUAGCAGUUGAGAACAGUGUUCGGUCUGCAAUGUCCAUCGGCUGCCGUCUACCAUUUUGGGGAGGAAUGAAGCUCUUUCUCACCGCUGCCUUGUUCUGCGUUCUUGUGGCAAGCACCUGCGUCUCAGCCACGAAUGGGCCUGCUUUGAGCUGCUGCCUCACCAUCACAGACACCAAAGUCCACCCGAAAAACAUAGUGGAUUACACAAUCCAGAAGAUUGGACUCUGUCCUGUAGAGGCAGUUGUGUUCCGGACACGGAAGAAGAAGACGGUCUGCUCUGAUCCUGGCAAGGCCUGGGUUGCGAGGGCCAUGGACAAGGUGGACAAGCUGAAGAAGGAGAGGGGGAGCGACAGAGCGGCGCGAGGGAAAGCCGCGCGGAACAAAGCAGGCCGACGCGAGCAGAGGAGACAGACGGUCAGCGCGUAGAAGAGGGAGGGCUGAAUGCCCGGAGGGAUCGAUGGGGAGAGGAGGCAAAGAGCCUCGCUAAUAUGAAUUCUGUUAAGAGAACGUGAAAUAUGCGUACUAUAUAUCUUACCCCUGCUGUAAAUGUCACACCUUCAGGCACCGUUCCAGGGUGAAGUAAUCAAAUUAUUUCAUUUCAUUAAUUUCUUUUUCUUUAAAAUUUUAUAUUAAUAUUGAAUCAUUUAUACUGCCCCAACUGUCAGAGUACGGGUAAUAUACUGUUGGUGGGUGGGGAAUUAGGCAAACAGUAUAUGCUUAUGUGAAACAUAAAUUUGUCGUUACUGUAUAAAUGUUGUGAGGGGAUUUUUAAUAAUGACUCUCAUCUAAUAAAGCCAGCUACUAUGUUCUAGA